AUGGACAUGGAAACUACAUCUUGUUACCUGCUGCUGCUGCUGCUCGGCCUCUCAGAAGCAUAUCCCUUCGUUGAUGAAGGAAACGAAGCAAAUGACCAAAUGGGUGAAGAUGACAGAGUCGACAUCAGCACCAGGAUUCUGAACUCCAACAACGGCAUCAAUGAGAUGCUGCUGGAAGGAGACUUGCUGGUUCCCACUACCAGAAACGCAAUGAAGUGCUUUUCCCAGCAGUGCCUCUGGAAGAAAGGCUCCAACGGCCUGGUGACGAUUCCCUUCGUCAUUAGCAGUGAGUUUACCGGCGCAGAGAGACAGAACAUCGACACCGCCUUGAAGUCCUUCCACACCAGGACCUGCAUUCGCUUUGUUCCCCGUAGUAACGAGAACGACCACAUAAGCAUCGAGAAUGGAGCUGGAUGCUUUUCUUCUCUGGGCAGAAUAGGUGGCAAACAGGUAGUCUCAAUCAACAGACAGGGUUGCGUCUACUACGGCAUCAUCCAGCACGAGGUCAACCACGCGCUGGGCUUCAAUCACGAGCAGACCAGGAGCGACCGUGAUAGCUACGUCCGGAUCAACUGGGAGAACAUCGACCCUCAGAUGGCAUACAACUUCCAGAAGCUGGACACCAACAACCUGAACACUCCCUACGACUACUCCUCCAUCAUGCACUAUGGAAAAACCGCCUUUUCUAUAAAUGGGAAGGACUCCAUCACUCCCAUCCCCAACGCAAACUACCAGAUCGGCCAGAGGAUCGACAUGUCCUCCUGGGAUAUCAAGAGAAUCAACCUUCUUUAUGGGUGCUAACAACAAAGCUUCCAAUUUGUUCUGAUCCAAAGUUAUCAA